GGCAGAGGAGGCUGUGGCGGCGGCGUUAGGAAGUAUGGACAACGCAGGGAAGGAGCGCGAGGCAGUCCAGCUGAUGGCGGAUGCCGAAAAGCGACUUAAGGCCUCCCACUCCUUCCUCCGAGGGCUGUUUGGAGGAAACACAAGAAUAGAAGAGGCUUGUGAAAUGUAUACCAGAGCUGCAAAUAUGUUCAAGAUGGCUAAAAAUUGGAGUGCUGCAGGAAAUGCAUUUUGUCAGGCAGCCAAACUCCAUAUGCAGCUUCAGAGCAAACAUGAUUCUGCCACCAGCUUUGUGGAUGCUGGGAAUGCUUACAAAAAGGCAGACCCUCACGAGGCUAUCAACUGCUUAAAUGCAGCCAUCGACAUUUACACAGACAUGGGAAGGUUUACAAUCGCAGCCAAACACCACAUUACUAUUGCUGAGAUUUAUGAGACUGAACUUGUAGACAUCGAGAAGGCUAUUGCACAUUAUGAACAAUCAGCUGAUUAUUACAAAGGAGAAGAAUCCAACAGUUCAGCUAACAAGUGUCUGCUAAAGGUGGCAGCAUAUGCUGCCCAGCUUGAGCAAUACCAGAAAGCCAUCGAGAUCUAUGAGCAGGUUGGGGCAAACACCAUGGAUAAUCCUCUGUUGAAGUACAGUGCAAAGGAUUACUUCUUUAAAGCUGCCCUCUGUCACUUCAUAGUCGAUGAGUUGAAUGCCAAGCUGGCUCUUGAGAAAUAUGAGGAAAUGUUUCCAGCAUUUACUGAUUCAAGAGAAUGUAAAUUAUUGAAAAAACUUCUAGAAGCUCAUGAAGAACAGAACAGUGAAGCUUACACUGAAGCAGUGAAGGAAUUUGACUCGAUAUCUCGCUUGGAUCAGUGGCUUACUACCAUGUUGCUUCGUAUCAAAAAGUCCAUCCAAGGGGAUGGAGAAGGAGACGGAGACCUAAAGUGAAACAUUUAUACGUCUUUGUGGCAUGCAGCUAACUCCUUUUUAGUUCCUCUUAGGGCCAAGUGAUCUUUAUGGGAUGCCCAUUUAAUGGCUUAGUUUUGUUGCACAUGAACCAAACGAUGUGUGUGUGUUUGCCGUGUUUAUAUCACUGUUAAGCAAAUGGAUAAAAGAAUCUCCUGUGCAUAUUGUGGGUGUGAUGGGCUAUUUCAUGCUUGCCAGAGUCCCCAGAGUUUUCCGAGUACUACUUCAGAAUUUUAUUCUUGUUUGAUAUUUGCAGAGUCAUGUUUAGUUUUGCCACAUAUUCUGUCCUUUUUCUUGGACUUGAGUAUCUAACCCAAUUUGCUCUAAUCGCUGCUUUGCACUCUCUCUGUAAAUCUGCAUCUGGAUGUAUUCUCUAAGUAUAUGUAUUUAGUUUAGGGUGGUUGUUAGGAAUCAGUUGAUGACUUUCUUUAUUAUAAAUUUGUUGUUGUUACCUUGUGAUUUUUUGAUAAUACUAAUGACCAGUUUCUGCUUUUGAUAUUGUUCCCUAUGCUAACAUGCAUGUGAAAAUUCGGAACACAGGUCUGCCUGCAUCACUUAAACUUGCUUAUGUGUGUGGAUGAAUGUCAAGGUGGGUUUGACUGCUUUGUAUUUACACACACACACAAAUAUAUAUAAGAUCUAUGA